GUUCAAGCUUUCCAAGUGGAUGGCCAUCCUGCCUUCUGCUUGGAUUUCGAUUACACCAGCGGCCGCAUUCUCACAGGUUCAUGGGACAAACAAGUGAAGAUAUGGGACAGCGAGACUGGCGCAUGCCUCGGCACCUUCACGGGCCACACUGGCAUGGUCAAAGUUGUCAGGCUUCACUGGCCCCGUCGUCGUGCUUUGAGCGGUUCAUGUGAUGGUACGCUGAAGCUAUGGGAUCUGGGCGCAGAGUCAAGUUGCAUCCGGUCUCUGAAUGGACACCAAGACGAGGUUUGGUGCACAGAUGUGGAUUGGUCCCGAAACACGGCCUUGAGUGGAUCCGCGGACUUUACCCUGCGCAUCUGGAAUUUGACUACUGGUGAUUGCUUGGCAACAUUGCGUGGACAUACCAAUGGUGUGUCUGCCGUGUCGCUCCAGGCUAGGGAAGGCCGCGCACUGAGCAGCUCCUGGGACAGGACGGUGCGGCUCUGGGAUCUGCAAACACAAGAAUGCCUGGUACUGCUAGUCCACGGUAGCGCGGUCACCACCAUGUCGGUGGACUGGGAACAUGGAAAGGCUUUGUGUGGCUCGCCACAGGCCAUGAAGCUGUGGGACUUCAACCGCCAGACUUGUGAGCACAAUCUUCCUGGUCACUUGUGUGACUCCGUGGAGGUCUCCGGCAGCUCCACUCCUGUCAGUGCGGGGCACAAUGAGUGCGUUACGAGCUUGGUGAUGAACUCUCCGGAUUAUUUCUACCCAGAGGCAGAUGAAUAA